AUGGAGGCAAUUUGCAAAGAAAAAGGUCACCAACAGCCAGGAGAAGCACACAAUGCUAUAACAAAUGAGGUAGAGCAGUUGUUUGUGGCUUCAUGCUUUACUUCAAAUGUGAUAAAAGAUGGUUGGUUAGUAGAUAGUGGGUGCACAAAUCAUAUGACAAGUAAUGCAGACUUGUUUAGUGCCCUGGAUAAAUCAGUAAAGUCAAAGGUGAAUAUAGGAAAUGGUGAAUACAUUGUUGUUGAGGGAAAAGGAGAUGUAAUGCUUGAAGGUUCUAAUGGUGUGAAGCUUAUUCAUGAAGUGUUUGAAGGGCAGACACUGUUUAGGAUACCAAUGAAGGACAAGUGCUUCUCAUUUAAUCCCUUAGAUAAGAAGCACAUGGCUAUGACAAACUUGCUGAAAGAAGAAGAAGAGCUGUGGCAUAGAAGACUGGGACAUUUUCACAGCAAAGGAGUAAACUUUCUGCAGAAAAAUGAUAUGGUGGAUGGGUUGCCUGCAAUUCAGAAAGAAGUAACAGAGUGUAAAACUUGUUUGCUUGGAAAACAAGUCCGGCUUCCUUUUAAGAGAUCAAGUUGGAGAGCUGUCUCGAAGCUUCAGCUAGUCCAUACAGAUGUAUGUGGACCUAUGCCCGAGGAGUCACUAAGUGGGAGUAAGUAUUUUGUGAUCUUCAUUGAUGAUUUCAGUAGAAUGUGUUGGAUAUACUUUAUGAAAGCUAAGUCAGAAGUAGCUGAGAUCUUCAUGAAGUUUAAGAAGCUUGUAGAGAAUGAAAGUGGGUGCAAGAUGAAGGCUAUAAGAUUCGACAAUGGCAGUGAAUAUACAUCAGGGAGGUUCAAGGAAAUUUGUGAAACAUCCGGUAUAAUGCACCAGCUCACCGUGCCUUAUUCACCCCAACAAAAUGGGGUUAGUGAGAGGAAGAACAGAAGCAUAAUGGAGAUGGCCAGAUGUCUACUACAAGAGAAGGAGAUGCCAAAAAAAUUCUGGGCUGAGGCUGCAAAUACCGCAGUCUUCCUGCUAAACAGAUUGCCCACUAAGUCAUUGGACAAGAGAACACCAGUUGAAGCUUGGUGUGGAAGAAAACCUUCAAUAGCAAAUUUGAAGGUGUUUGGUUGUAUAUGCUAUUCCUAUAUUCCUCAGGCGAAAAGGGACAAACUUGAUAAAAAGGCUGAAGCUGGUAUCUUCAUCGGCUACAGCUUGGAGUCAAAAGCUUACAGAAUAUAUCAACCUUCAAGAAAUAAGAGAAAGGAGAAAUGGAAGUCGCACAAAAUUGGGAGGCAGCACCUCAGAAGAUUUCACCUCAGGACCAAGCUAAACUCAGAUGGUUCUGUUAAUAAAUACAAAGCCAGGUUAGUAGUGAAGGGAUAUGCUCAAAUUUGGGGGGUUGAUUACUCUGAAACCUUUGCUCCAGUAGAAAGGUUAGACACUAUCAGGUUAUUACUUGCUGUUGCAGGUCAGAAAAAUUGGAAGGUUUACCAACUUGAUGUGAAAUCUGCUUUUCUCAAUGGUGUGCUCGAAGAGGAAAUAUAUGUUGAGCAACCUGAAGGGUUCAUUGCUAAAGGAGAAGAAAGCAAAGUCUACAAAUUAAAGAAAGCGUUAUAUGGCUUAAAGCAGGCCCCUCGAGCCUGGUAUGGUAAGAUUGAUCAGUAUUUGCAGAAUCUGGGAUUUGAGAGAAGUCUAAGUGAAUUCACACUUUAUGUCAAGAAGGAGAAGGAAGACAUGGUAAUUCUAUCCUUGUAUGUUGAUGAUUUGCUGGUCAAUGGAAACAAUAAAGUACAGAAAGAAAAUGAAGUGUUUGUUUGCCAGAGAAAGUAUCUCAAAGAGAUUUUGAUGAGGUUUCAAAUGGAAGAGUGCAAAAGUGUAAGCACACCAAUGUAUCAGAAGACAAAAAUGCAGAAGGAUGAUGGAUCAGGUCCAGUUGAUGAAAGAACCUACAGAAGUCUUAUAGGUUGUUUGAUGUACUUAACAGCAACAAUGCCUGACAUAAUGUUUGCUGUGAAUGUACUGUCGAGGUUUCUAAGUUGUGCAAGUGAAGCACAUAUGGUGGCUGCUAAGAGAGUCAUCAGAUAUCUGAAAGGGACAUCUUCCUAUGGUUUGAAAUUCUGCAGAAGCUCUACCUUCAAGCUGCAUGGUUUCUCUGAUAGUGACUGGGCAAGAUCAUUGGAUGACAUGAGGAGCACCUCUGGCUAUUGUUUUUCUCUUGGUUCUGCUUGUUUUUCGUGGAGCUCUAAGAAGCAGGAAGUGGUGGCUCAGUCAACAGCAGAAGCUGAAUUUAUUACAGCCACAGCAGCAACAAACCAGGCAAUCUGGCUGAGAAAGUUGAUGACUGACUUAGGGAUGGGUUCUGACCAUGAAACUGAGAUAUUUGUUGACAACCAGGCUGCUCUUGCCAUCUCUCAAAAUCCAGUUUUCCAUGGGAAAACAAAGCACUUCAAGUUGAAGUUUUACUAUCUCAGGGAAAUACAGCAAAGUGGUGAAAUCAAGCUUGUUUAUUGCAGGACAGAAGAUCAAAUGGCUGAUUUAUUCACCAAGUCAUUUCAUGUGGGAAGAUUUGAGCACCUGAGAAGGAUGGUUGGAUUUUGCAACAACUUGCAGACAAGAGUGCAUAUACUGAGUGAAAGUGAGAGUUUUGUUCUGCAAUACUUGCAGACAUUGAAGAAAUAA